AUGAUUGAUGUGCCACUCCAAAUGUGGAAUUUUCAUGAUACUCCACAUCGUACGAACAAUAUUUGUGAGGCUUUUCACAGCCGAUUGAAUAGACGUAUUGAACGUUCCCAUUCAAAUAUAUGGUCUUUCAUCAAUUGUCUUAUCGGUGAAGAAUGCCGGUUUCAACACUUAUAUAGUCAAAUUAAUGCUGGUACACAACAACUGCCAAAAGCAAAGGCAGCUGAUACAAUGCAAAAGCGAAUCGAGACUUUAAAUAGUCGAUAUAACAAUCAGGAUAUCAAUGGUCAACAAUUGUUAAAUGCCUUAUCAUUAUUGGCCGGAAGGAAAAAGUAA